CGAGAAAUCGUAGAACAUUUCUGGAACGUUUGCGUUCAUAUAAAAUGUAUGUGGAAAUAUUCCCUGCAUUUUCAUUAAGUCUAUCACAAUAAUGUGUUAGUACCAUCCAUUAACAUUAGCUGGAUAAUUUAAUAUGCAUUGGUGAAAUAAUAGAUUUGAGGAUGUCAAGGAAGUGCUGCUAUUAGCUACUACCGUUAACUACAGUAGUGCAAGUUAUGGCACUAUCAAAGCAAGACGACACCGCUAAUGUUGUACUCUCUGGAGAGGAACCCAAAGACGGGUUGCCAUGUCUUAUCCCACCUGUCCAAAGAAAAACAUAUACUGGCAGGACUUUGAAUGAGAAAGAGAUGGAGAAACUGACAGGUGACCAGACUUUGGUGUCUGACUUCAAGCAGAUGAAGUUGGAAAAGGAGGCACAGAAAAACUGGGACUUGUUUUACAAAAGGAACACAACAAACUUUUUCAAGGAUAGGCAUUGGACCACCAGAGAGUUUGAAGAACUGAAAGUGUGCCUUGAGUUUGAAGCCCAGAAGCUGGUCCUGCUUGAAGCUGGCUGUGGGGUUGGGAACUUCAUCUUCCCACUACUGGAGGAAGACCUCAACAUCUUUGUCUAUGCCUGUGACUUCUCAACACGAGCUGUGGAGUUUGUGAAGGAACACUCCCUGUACUGCACUGAGCGCUGCAGUGCGUUCCAGUGUGACCUGACAAAGGAUGACCUGAGGGGUAAUGUCCCAGUGGGCAGUGUGGAUGUGGCCACGCUCAUAUUUGUCCUCUCAGCCAUCCACCCAGACAAGAUGCAGCAGGCUCUGGACAACAUUUACAGGGUUCUGAAGCCAGGGGGCAUCAUUCUGUUCAGGGACUAUGGCCUGUAUGACCACGCCAUGAUGAGGUUUAAGGCGGGAAACAAACUGGGAGAGAACUUCUACGUCAGACAAGAUGGCACCAGGUCUUAUUUCUUUUCCAAAGAGCUCCUAGCAGACCUGUUCAGAGUGGUGGGGUUCGAGAGUGUAACCAAUGAGUACGUGCUACGAGAAACGGUCAAUAAGAAGGAGGGGCUUUGUGUGCCCAGGGUGUUCCUUCAAAGCAAGUUCCGAAGGCCAGACCAAUUACAGGGCUCCUGAAGUCCCUUUCCUCAACAAAUGCUUGAAACCUUUAAAAGGCACAAAUGUACUGAAACCUUCAUAUAUAAAUGGAUAUCAUUGGACAAACGCCUACACUGCCGUAUUGGUGAUUAAGUGCCGUUUGUUUGAUUAUGCUUUUUUAUCAAUAAAACUGGUGG